CACAACGACACAAUUAACGCUGAAUUAUAUCAUUCUAUUCAUUUGACGAAACGGACUUUGAUCACUCCAACCACAUACAUAUAUAUCUUUAUGUUGCACAAUCGCUCCACUCUGUUUAGCCUGAUCAAGUCAAGAAAUCCAUGAUGAAUAAAUGCUCAGGCUUUUUAUUGCUGUUGUUGUUACUGUCGUUGUCGAUUAAUUUAUUGCCUAUUUGCUCUUCAGAGCAGCUAGAAAGGAAUUAUUUCGCUGACACAGUCAAAGCCAGAUGCACUCAAUGGGCCAUUGAACAUAAUGUUCUUGACAUAGACUGUGAUGAAUUGUGGCAAUCGUUUGAAAAGAUUUUACAUGACGCGCGUAAUCAGUCAGAAUGUGUUAUGCAACCCACAGCAUACGAUGAAUUUGUCGAGAAAGCAUUCAAACAACAACCAAAGAUAGAAAAUGCAUACUUUUAUUCACAAGCAUUCGAUGUUAUUCGUGCAAUGUGUAGACGUCUUGGAGAAUGUUCAAGUCUAGAAACCACACUUCCAGGAUAUUUAUUCGACGAACUGGAUUGGUGUGAGAAAAAUUUCACCGGUGAUGCAGAUUAUGGGACAUCGUGUGGUUGCAAUCAAGCUACUAAAGUCGUGUUUGCAUUCUGGGAAAGUGCAUCUAAAAAGUAUGCACAAGUGGUAUCUGGUAACGUGUUUGUUGUUCUGAAUGGAUCAGUCGCGUGGCCAUUUAAAGAAAACGGUACCUUUGCCACUGUGGAACUUCCAGAACUUUUAAAAACGAAAGUGCAAAAAAUAACCGUUAAAUUAAUUCACAACACAAGAAAAUCGCCAUAUCA